AUUGCACGCACAUUGUUAAUUGAACCGUCACUAAAACGAGUGCAUGAACCCGUAGUUCUUCCCCGAUCAUAAGCAAUUUUAUAAUUUUCAUUUUCUCAACGGCAGAUCAAUCGCAAUAUUGCCGUGUUUGCGGUAUAAUUGGGGCAAUUGAGAAUUUCCGUAAUUGAGUCAAACAGAGAGAUGGGUAACGAAGGAACAGAAGCACUCAAGUACGUUUGGAAAGGAGCAAUACCCCUUCAAAUUCAUCUCCAUGAUUCUGAAGUCGCCACUCUUCCUCCUCCUCCCCCAGUUCUGUUGUUAGCGCCACGAAUAGGUUAUCUUCCACUGCUAGCAUCUCAAAUUAAACCCCUCUUCAGCAACUCACUUCCUCCAGGGGAAGAUACAAUUUGGUUUGAGUACAAAGGAUUGCCCCUGAAAUGGUAUAUACCAACGGGCGUUCUUUUCGAUCUUUUGUGUGCGGAGCCUGAGAGACCUUGGAAUCUUACGGUUCAUUUUAGAGGUUAUCCAAGUAAUACACUAACUCCUUGUGAAGGUGAAGAUGCUGUUAAGUGGAGCUUCAUCAAUUCUCUGAAAGAGGCUGCCUACAUAAUUAAUGGAAACUGCAAGAAUGUAAUGAACAUGUCACAGUCUGAUCAGUUGGAUUUAUGGCGCUCUGUUUUAAAUGGCAAUUUGGAGUCCUUCCUUAAGGUGACAUUAAAGCUGAAGCUAGGAGCCAUUGAAGAUGAUUACACAGCAAAACUGUAUCCAUCGUUAAAAUCCUCAUCUGAUACCGGUAAUACAGAUAAUCCCGGACUUGCCACAACAGGUAGGAUUCCAGUACGGUUGUAUGUUAGGAUUUUCACCGAGAUGUUUGAUGACUUGGAAAAGGCUCCUGAGAUUGACAGCUGGGAGAAAAUUUCUUACAUAAACAGACCCGUUGGACUCAAUAAAGAUGAAGGAAAAUGCUUUACUUUAACUGAUGCUAUGAAGACUCUCCUGCCAGAGUACUUUGGAGAAGGGACACUCAACGGUGAGAAAACAAUUGAGGAGGAGGUUCAAGACGUGCAUCCAGAAGUUGCUGGUGACCCAAAAAUUACAGAAGAGGUGACUGCAUCAGUCAGUGAACGUACUGAGGCGAAACAGCCAUCAGAAAGUGCUGAGAUCAAGCUCAUUCGAAUUCAAGGUAUCAAGCCAAAACCCGAGAUCCCUUUCUCUUGGGUAGUUAACAACCUAAUGAACCCAGAUCACUACCUUCACAUAUGUGUGUAUUUGAUCCAUCACUAGCCUUCGCCAUAUAAUCGUUGCUUUACAUAGACUGGUUAACUUCUGUAUAUGUCGCUCAGCUGGCCUUGUGGUUUCCCACGUUGGUUAAUUUAGUUUACGCACCCUUGCAUUCUUUGUUUACGUAUGCAAUCUGUAAAGCACAAUAGUCUGUACAUAACAAAGUAACCUUUUUUUUUUUUUUGAGAAAAAAGUAACCUUGUUUUACUUAGAUGGUUUCCCGUUAAAGACUCCCCUUUCUUCCAUGUAUCGUUUGCAUGACUCACUUGAGAAAACGAGGGGUGAAUCAAACGACAAGGUUAAGGACUGAAGGUGCUACACGAGCCGACCUUGUAUAGCUCUCUGAUUCGUAUAUGUGUUUGCUAAAUACAGCCAGUUAAACUGUACAAGCUGUGUAUUGUAUAGUUAAUAGUUAUACAUUAAGAGUCAUGGGUGUUUUUCGCA